AUGCAGCGAACACGCUCUACCCACUCGAUACAUCGUCCGCUGUCACGCGCCUCGACCCAGAGCGCCCACUCUCCCGCUCCCGAUAUGUUGCAUCAACAACAAUACAUGAACCACCACAACCCGGAGACAAUGCUGCUACACUAUGCCCAAGGCUCCGCACCGCACAUGGACGCCCAGAUGAUGCAGCGCACCUUCCAAUCACAACACAUCCCCAUGGACCAGUUCACCGCGCAAGCGCAGCAGUUCGCGACUCAAGAUGGCUCGUACAUGUUCCAACCCGCCGAGUAUGCCGUCCCCAUGGGUCUCGCCGCCUUCNNCCCCCAACUUAGUGGCCAUGAACCAGAAGACCGUCGCCGCAAGGGUUCAUCGGCUACUGCAACCAACGACAAGGAAUUGCGCGAGUUGCUGUCCAAGAAUGAGGCGCGCUCAUUACCAGAAGUCGCUCAAGAAGUCAUUGCCAAGGAACGUACUCCUCAGGCGGAAAAGACAAAACAGUUGUUCGCUAUGCUCUGGCUGCGCAAGGUGUGCAAGGCGGCCAAAACAUCAGUGCCGCGCAACCGUGUCUACUCACACUAUGCUACGCGGUGUGGUACGGAACGUGUGGUGCCUCUCAAUCCAGCAUCCUUUGGCAAGCUGGUGCGAGUCAUCUUCCCGGGCAUUCAAACUAGACGACUUGGUGUCCGUGGUGAGUCCAAAUACCACUAUGUCGACUUGUGUCUUGUCGACGACACAUCGGACUCGCAACUCAGUCUCCAACGCUCAAACUCCAACUCAUUACACGCCGAGGCCUCAGACAUGCGCCGCAGUGCCUCGGCCAACCCUCAUCUAGACUUCAACCAGGUGCCACGCCUGCCUGCUGAUGCCGCCGCCUUUCCAUCUCAAGGCCUUGAUGGAACCCAUAGCAGUGAUGGCUCGGCUGAGUCGCAACCCUCACCACAGGUCGAGCCUCGUGGUCCACCGUCAACGGCGCGACUCUUCGCCUACCCCGAUACGCGUGGGAUGGUUGCAGACAACGACUGUUCCAUCAUGUAUGACCAGAACUUGCGCUUCCCAGCGAAAGAAGAGGCGCCAUUCCAAGAGAAUGACACGAUCGUGCUGCCCAACAUUCUGCCUUUCUGCCCCGUCAAGACGGAUCCCGACACGGCCGAAGCUCUCACUGCUCUGUACCGUACUCACUGCACGUCAUUAAUCGACUGCAUCCGCUUCUGCAAGGAGAAGCAGUUCUUCCGCCUGUUCACAUCCNNCUUCCAUGGCACAUUGACGGUGCCUGUGCAAAAGCUGUUGGCGCAUCCUAACCUUGCUCCAUGGAUUCAAGCCUGCGAUACACUGAUGUACCAGAAGAUGGUUCGCUUCGUCUCACGUCUGACUCUUCAGGCUGCGCCGCCUGUUGUCAUCAACAUUCUCAACAACAUCUCGACCAACCUACACGCUCACAUCUCAAAGACGUUUGCCUCACAUCCCACUCACGUCCUGCAAGCCAAACUCAAGCCUGCUGCAACAUUCGCCAGCCUUCUUCAUCGUCUCAUCCGCGUCAAUGCUGCUGCUCACGCUGCUGCAAACCUGCUUACCGUCGAUCAAAAUCGUGAGCAGAUGUGGCGUGAGUGGGUGACUAUGGUCAAUCCCAAGCGUGUCAUGGAGGCCGAACUUCCUGCCUGUGGCUACGAAGAGGUCUACAAGAUCAUGACUUGCGACAUCAGAGGUCUCUUGGAGCCUCUCAGUUCUCCUCCCUUCCCCGACAACCCGCUCUUCGCCCAUGACAACCAAGCAUACGGCUUCGCUCAGGCCAACUUCCCUACUUUCCAGCAACCACCACCUCAAUCUACCGACCAGUCAGGACAGGUCUCGACCGAAAACGUUCUUGACAGGUGGUCCACUUUCCUCACAUCACUCCCUUCACGAUUCCCACAAGCCAAUACGAGGCUAUUGCUGCACUGCAUCAGUGCUGUUGGAACUGCAGCUCUGAGAGACAUCACUAUCAUGGGAGGUGCCAGCUACCAGACGUGGUGGGUCAUGAAGAUCUUUGUCGAUGAGAUGGCUCUAUGGUUGGCAGCCAUGGGUGGCUUCCUCGAGCACAACCCUGUUCACGCAACUCCUGCGGCAUCUGUCGCCCAGGUGUCCCCUGAAGUCAAGCCUCUGGACUCCAAUGCCAGCAUGCGCAGUGGUAGUGACAGUAGAAUGAGCAGCAUGGAAGUCGAUUUCAAGAUGCAGCCGCAGUCUCGGCCUGCUAGUGCUCAAAAUGCAGCCGACCUCGAUGAUAGCGGUAUCGGGAUGGGUCUCGUCGACGAUGACCUGGCUAUGUCCAAGUACGGCCUCAUGAGUGGGGACAUGUCGGUCAACAUCCUCUGA